CCAACAUGGUACCCAGGACAGCAGCUGGCACUUGUACCGGGGAGACUUGGGUAUAAAUACAGGCACGGGGCAGGGCGCCUACACACCCUGAGACUCCCUACUGCCUGCAGGAUGUUUCUGUUCCUGGUACUGUGCGCUGGCAUCUUGCUGGGAUCAUCAACGGCAGCCAGCAUCCAGUCUCGCCUCUCUUCCUUCGCUGGGGAGUACGGCUCAGGUGGAGGCACCGCGUUCUCUUUCUCUUCAGAGCAGGUGUAUGGACCAAUCACUGGCCUGCGAGUGCGAGAGAACCCCAGCCAUGUCAUUGGCCUGCAGUUCCGAUACGGCGAUACCUGGGGAACCUAUUAUGGGUACACAUCGGGGCCCAUCCUUGAGAUUCUGCUGCGCCCAGGGGAGAGCAUCACCCAGGUAUCAGGGAAGACGGCCGCCUAUGUCAAUGAGCUGAUCUUUGUGACAAACCACGGGCGCAUCUUCCGCUUUGGCCAACCCUCGGGCAACUGCUUUAACGACUUUCCCCUGUACUCUAACACUGUCCUGCGCUACGUGAGCGGCCGUUAUUCCUCCGUCAUACACAGCAUUGGCUUCCACUGGGGCUCCCAGCCGGACUGUGUGCACUGCAAGGCUGAUGAGUAGGGGGGCGCCCUUGCCUUGCUGUAUUGCCCCCAUGCCCAGCUGGAAGGCCACAGCUUGGUCUGUAGUGAAUAAAUGUGAUUUUCAUUA